AUGCGCCGCAGCUCUUUCCACCGCCAGUCUUGGGACGGAGUGCUGGGCUCCUCCCCUUGCAAGCCUAGCCCUUCUCCCCGCCUCCUCCGGCCCGGGGUCCGCGUGGCGGGGCGCGCGCGCACUCGGGUUCGGCGGCUGCCGGUCUCCCGGGCCGCGGCAGUGAGGAGAGAGGGCGGGGCUGAGUCCUCUGCGGCCCCGCCCCCUUUGGCCCGGCGUCCCUACCGCGCCUGCGCGCUCCCGCCCGGUCUCCAUCUUGGAAUUGGGAGGAAGAGGGAGAGGGAGACCGGGACAAGAUCGGGGCUGUGCUAUUCUCGGAAGAGAGAAGGGAGAGGGAGGAGACCGGGCCGGGAGUGGGUGUCACCCUUGGACCCCGGCGUGAGAGGGGCCGUGCGGCCGUACAUCCUCGGGGUGGGCCCCCAGUCGGUGGCCGAAGACCUAGGGCUCAGGCCCCUGGGUCCCAAAUUUCCGGGCUUUGUCCCUCGCUUCUCAAAUACCCGGGUAUCAGUCCUCAUAGUUCAGAUAUCCGGGACUCGAGUCCCAACCUCUCUAAACCUGGGUCUCUGUUUCAUUGAAUUUCAAAUAUCGGGUUCAGGCCCUUUCGUGCACCAGUAUCCGGGGUUCAUUCCCCAGGCAUUCAAAUAUCAGACUCGGUCUCCCUCCCGUUCAAAUAUUCGGGGUUCACACCCCACAAUCAGAAAUCCGGAAUUCGGCAACUGUCGCCCUCGAGGAGGGGGAGGACUGGACCGCGAGGUCAGAUCAGGUUGUCACCCCCUCCCCUCCAGGGGAGGCUUCCCGGGCCCGCCCCUCAGGAAGGGCGAAAGCUGAGGAAGAGGUGGCAAGGGGGAAGGUCUCCUUGCCCCUCUCCCUGCUUGGCAGAGCCGCUGGAGGACCCCAGGCGGAAGCGGAGGCGCUGGGGCACCAUAG